AUGAUUCCUGUGGAGCAGAAAGCAGCUGAGGUCCAAGCGCAGGCGUCAGUCGUAUUAGUGGAGGAAUAUGACCGCGUGGACCUGAACUUGAGAAAAAGGCAAGUGGAGGCAUCUCAGGUCACAAAGCCGCACUCCCUCGAUACUGUCUGCCAGGCUUCUCCCACAGCACGGCAAGCCAUUCUUUUGGAGAUCUUAGGAGUACCCGAGUCAGCUCUGUGUGUUGUUCCCCUACAUUUGAAGAUGGCUAUAGCGGUAACUGUUUUUUGGCAACGAGAAGCUAAUCCUACACCCACACCGCUUCAACUCCAUGCUCUGCUGAUGGGGUUUGUAUAUGGAGAGUUAAACCUGCAACAUGAUUCUGGUCCACAACAGAAUUUGAGUCAGGAUCGUGGUUUGAAUGCAGCUCUGACUCGACAGCGCAUCAGAGCAGGAGAGAGAAGAGGCUUGGAUCUCAGUGAUGCUCAUGCUUACAGUCAAUGGCAGGCCUGCCUUUGGGCUGCCCUGUGCCUCAACCAGUUACUGCUGCAAGCCCUACCUGAGCCCUGCUUAUCAUGGGUGUUCAGCGGUACUUUGGUACAUGGUCUUGCAAAAUAUUUAAAAGAAGGCCGGACUCCUGAAUCUAUGUUGCACAAAUCUAUCUUAUCGGAGCAACUCUUCUCUUCUCUGCUGGACACUGUGAACAAGUGUGUCAUAAGAAAAACAACUCCAAAAUCAGCAAGCAGCAAGAGAAGUGGACGCAGGAGGAAAGGUGGCAGCGCACGUGGAAACACCGCCACUAAAGAGAUAAAUAAUCGUUUUGCGCUGCUGAAAGACGAGGAGGAUACAUAA